AAGCGCUUCCCGGCGGGAGCAGCGGGUGCGGAUGCAGCAGCGCCGCUGCCUCACCCGCCUCAGUGCUCCGCUGCUGCUGCCACCGCCGCCGCGCCCGGAGCCGCCGUUACCGAGAGGCCGCGCGUGACGCGGCUCCGCGACGCAGGCGCGCUCUCGCGACUCCCACCCCGUGGGCGCGCCUGCGCGUUGGCGCGCCGGCACUUCCGGGUUCCCCCGGUGCCGGCGGUGGUGCCCCGCUCAGCCCCCGCGUGUCCCUCCCCCGGCUCCGGCUGUUCCCGGGGUGUUCCCGAGAGGGUCCCGCCGCGCCUCGGGGCUGCCAUGCCGGUGGCGGCCGCCGCCCCCCUGAUCAGCUCCGUGCAGAAGCUGGUGCUGUACGAGACCAGGGCUCGGUAUUUUCUAGUCGGAAGUAAUCCUGCAGAAACCAAAUACCGUGUUUUGAAAAUAGAUCGCACUGAACCAAAGGAUUUGGUUAUAAUUGAUGAUAAGCAUGUUUAUACACAACAAGAGGUGAGGGAACUUCUUGGUCGUUUAGACCUGGGAAACAGAACAAAGAUGGGACAGAAGGGCUCUUCUGGGUUAUCUCGAGCUGUCUCUGCUUUUGGUAUAGUAGGUUUUGUCAGGUUUUUAGAAGGCUACUACAUUGUGUUAAUAACAAAAAGAAGAAAAAUGGCAGAUAUUGGAGGUCAUGCAAUAUAUAAAAUAGAGGAUACAAAUAUGAUCUACAUUCCAAAUGACUCUGUGAGAGUUAGUCAUCCUGAUGAGGCCAGGUAUCUGAGAAUCUUUCAAAAUGUGGAUCUUUCUAGCAACUUCUAUUUUAGUUACAGCUAUGAUCUAUCUCACUCCCUUCAGUAUAAUCUUACUGUCCUGAGAAUGCCACUUGAGACAUUAAAAACUGAAACAACACAAACCCGACAAGAGAGUUUUGAUAUAUUUGAAGAUGAAGGACUUUCAACACAGGGGGGAAGUGGUGUAUUUGGGAUUUGCAGUAAGCCUUAUGAAAAGUACGUGUGGAAUGCCAAGCUUCUGGAAGCAGUAAGAACUGCUGUUCAUCGUGACUGGCUGCUAUAUAUUAUUCAUGGAUUCUGUGGACAAUCAAAACUGUUAAUAUAUGGCCGCCCUAUAUAUGUCACUCUGAUAGCCAGAAGAUCAAGCAAAUUUGCUGGAACACGUUUUCUAAAACGAGGAGCAAACUGUGAGGGAGAUGUUGCUAAUGAAGUGGAAACUGAACAAAUACUUUAUGAUGCUUCAGUUAUGUCAUUUUCUGCGGGGAGUUAUUCUUCCUAUGUUCAGGUUCGAGGGUCUGUCCCUCUGUACUGGUCUCAAGAUAUUUCAACUAUGAUGCCUAAGCCACCCAUAACACUGGACCAAGCAGAUCCUUAUGCACACGUUGCUGCUCUUCACUUUGAUCAAAUGCUUCAGAGAUUUGGCUCUCCCAUUAUUAUAUUGAAUCUUGUGAAGGAACGUGAAAAAAGAAAGCAUGAAAGGAUUCUCAGUGAAGAACUUGUUGCUGCUGUGACAUAUCUCAACCAGUUCUUACCCCCAGAGCAUGCAAUUAUAUAUAUACCCUGGGAUAUGGCCAAAUACACUAAAAGCAAACUUUGCAAUGUCCUUGACAGACUGAAUGUGAUUGCAGAAAGUGUAGUAAAGAAGACUGGAUUUUUUGUAAAUCGACCUGAUUCCUACUGCAGUAUCUUGCGUCCAGAUGAAAAGUGGAAUGAACUGGGAGGUUGUGUUGUUUCCACUGGUCGCUUGCAGACUGGAGUCCUCCGAACAAACUGUGUGGACUGUUUAGAUCGCACUAACACAGCCCAGUUUAUGGUGGGGAAAUGUGCUUUGGCCUACCAGUUGUAUUCAUUGGGAUUGAUUGAUAAACCAAACUUACAAUUUGAUACAGAUGCUGUAAGAUUAUUUGAAGAAUUAUAUGAAGAUCAUGGAGACACGCUUUCUCUGCAGUAUGGAGGCUCCCAGCUUGUCCACAGAGUAAAAACAUACAGAAAGAUUGCUCCAUGGACUCAGCAUUCUAAAGAUAUUAUGCAAACACUCUCAAGAUACUAUAGUAAUGCUUUCUCAGAUGCAGACAGGCAAGAUUCUAUCAAUCUCUUUCUGGGAGUGUUCAAGCCUGCAGAAGGAAAGCCACAUCUCUGGGAACUUCCCACUGAUUUUUAUUUGCAUCACAAGAACACCCUCAGUCUGUCACAGGCCAGGCAAAGCUAUACUUACUGGUGGACCACAGGUGUGCUAAAGCAUUUACCUCUUCCUUUUGAUGAAGUGACGUGUGCUGAAAACAGACGCAAGUUGACAGUGAAGAAGUUCCACAAAUAUGAAGAGGAAAUUGAUAUCCACAAUGAGUUUUUUAGGCCAUAUGAGUUGAGCAGUUUUGAUGAGACCUUCUGCUUGGCAAUGACCAAUUCUACACGAGAUUUUAUGCCUAAGAAUGUGGGAAUUGAUCCAAGUCCGUUUACUGUUCGUAAACCUGAUGAAACUGGAAAAUCUGUGUUGGGGAACAAAAAUAAUAGAGAAGAAACUGUGCUGCAGCGCAAAACAGCUGCUAGUGCUCCUCCACCCCCAAGUGAGGAAGCAGUGUCAAGUAGUUCUGAAGAUGAUUCUGGGACUGAUAAAGAAGAUGAGGGUGCUGUUUCUCAACGUUCAACUCCAGUAAAGGUGACUGAUACAGGAGACAAUACAAAAAUCACAGAGAAUGUAGUGCAAUCAACAAAAGAUGUGUAUGGAGUCAAUCUUUCAGAUAUCCCUUCAGAAGAUGAUCUUGCAAUAUAUGCAAGGUUUGUUCAGCUGGGACAGAGCCAGCAUAAACAAGACAAGGGCAGCCAGCAAUUUUGUUCAAAACACCUCUUGGAUAAAGUCAUAAAUUUAAUACCCAUCUCCUCCUUUUCUCAAGACAAUAUUUAUGAAGUCCAGCCUCCAAGAGCUGAUAGGAAAUCAAUAGAGAUUUUCCAUGCACACAUUCAGGCUGGAAGAGGAAACAUGCAGCUUCUGGGAAGAGAUGAUUUCCUCAUGUACAGAGAGUACAUUCGAAACAGAUACAUGUAAAUCCAAGCUGGAUUCUCCUGCCAAAUCUACUGUACUGAUAAGUCCCAAAAAUAAUUUUAGAAAGGAAAUCUAGUUUUGUUCUUUUGCAGUAAUGAAUUUAUUACUAACUUUUCUAUUUAUUAUUCUUUACUGUUAUCCAUUUAUUGUAUUGUUCUUUAGGGGAAAAGGUGGUUUAAUAUCUGAUUUAAAAAGUUAUUUAAUAUCUUUUUAGCUGAAAGUGUAUCCUAAGAGACUAAGUGAAUAAUCAGACCUGCCAGAGCUACUAGAGAGUAUGUAGCUAUUUGUGGUAAAGAAAAUAUGGCAUCUUUAGUUUUUUUAUGUUAAUUUCUUACAUUGUUAUGUUUGAUAAUAAAACUGAAGUGAUUUGUACACAAGAAUCAGAAGAGAAUAGUUUUCUUCCCCUUUCUUUCAUGAUAGAAAACAAUCUUCUUUUACAGCAGAAUAUUUUCUGAUAUUUCUUGAGGUUUUUAGAAAAGUGAGUGCUAGAAUGACUGCUUGCAAAUUUCUGCCUUUUUAAGCAAAAGUGAAAAAUAUGUGACAUGUCAAAAUCAAAAUUUGCAUCAACACUAAUAAACUUUGUAACCCUAA